GAUGUUCAGGCUCACUGGGAGGGAUCUGCCGGCAGCUGAUGAUCCGGUGACACUGACUCAGGAUGGAGCUCCUGCUCCUGUCCCCCCGGUCGGCCCCCGGGUACCUGCAGUUCCUAGCGGGGCUCCUGUCCCCCCGUGGGGCCCCCGGGUACUUGCUGCUCCUGGCCGGGCUCCUGUGCCCCCUGCCGAUCCUCUCUCACCCGCAGUGCCUAGAUUUCAAGCCCCCGUUCCGCCCGGUCCAGGAGCUCACUUUCUGCGUUCAGUACAAGGACUUCGGCUGCUGCGACUCAGCCCGAGACUCCGAGCUCAUGAGCGCCUUCUACCGGGUGCUGGGAAACCUCGACCGAGCAGGCUAUGAGCGCUGUGCUGCCCAUGUGCAGGAUAUUCUGUGCCAGGAGUGUUCUCCUUACGCCGCACAUUUAUUUGAUGCAGAGGACCCCUCUACUCCAGUUCGAACGAUUGCUGGCCUCUGUAUGGAUUACUGUGUGGAUGUCUGGCAGAAGUGCAGGUCUAUUUUUCAAUACAUGACGUCAGACAAGGAAUUAUUAGCACUGGAAAGCAACAUGGCGAAAUUCUGCCGCCAGCUGGCUCUCGAUGACUCAGACUACUGUUUCCCUCACUUGUUGGUCAACACAAACCUUAACAAAAAUCUGGGACGGGUCAUCGCUGACUCAGAGGGCUGUCUACAGCUAUGCCUCGAGGAAGUAGCUAAUAGUCUUCGGAAUCCAGUUGCCAUGGUACACGCCAAUGAUGGAACACACAGAUUUUUUGUAGCAGAACAAGUGGGUUUAGUUUGGACCUAUCUCCCUGACAAAUCUAGACUGGAAAAGCCCUUUUUAAACAUCUCCAAAGCCGUGCUUACCUCACCUUGGGAAGGAGAUGAGCGAGGAUUCCUUGGAAUUGUUUUCCACCCAAACUUUAAACAUAAUGGCAAAGUCUAUGUUUACUACUCAGUGGAAAUUGGCUUUGAUGAAAUUAUCCGAAUCAGCGAGUUCAGAGUUUCCUCACAUGACAUGAAUACAGUAGACCACAGCUCAGAAAGGAUAAUUCUGGAAGUCGAAGAACCGGCCUCCAAUCACAACGGCGGAGAACUGCUUUUUGGGUUUGACGGCUAUCUCUAUAUAUUUAUCGGUGACGGAGGAAUGGCUGGAGACCCCUUUGGGAAGUUUGGAAAUGCUCAAAACAAGUCCACGCUCUUAGGCAAAGUAUUGCGGAUCAACGUAAAUCACAAUGACCAUGGUCCGCUAUACAAGAUCCCAUCAGACAACCCGUUUAUAAAUGACCCGUCGGCUCGUCCAGAAGUCUAUGCUUAUGGGGUGAGGAACAUGUGGCGCUGUUCUUUUGAUAGGGGAGAUUCGCUCACUAAAGAAGGGAAAGGCCGUCUCUUCUGCGGAGAUGUAGGGCAGAAUAAAUACGAAGAAGUUGAUAUUGUAGAGAAAGGGAAGAAUUACGGCUGGAGAGCGAGGGAAGGAUUCAGCUGCUACGAUAAAAAACUCUGCGCAAAUUCCUCACUAGAUGAUGUGCUUCCCAUUUUUGCCUAUCCUCACAAGCUGGGGAAAUCUGUCACAGGAGGUUAUAUUUACAGGGGCUGCGAAUAUCCCAACUUGAAUGGUCUUUAUAUCUUUGGAGAUUUUAUGAGUGGGCGUCUAAUGACACUAAAAGAAAACCGUGACACGGGGGAGUGGCAGUACCACGAAAUUUGUAUGGGAACAGGGCAGACCUGUGUGUUUCCUGGGCUAAUUAAUAAUUACUAUCAGUACAUUAUAUCCUUCGCUGAAGACGAAGCAGGUGAACUCUACUUCAUGUCAACUGGCUUCCCAAGUGCCACUUCUGCAACUGGCGUGGUAUAUAAAAUUGUGGACCCUUCAAGGAGAGCGCCGCCUGGCCGAUGUCGUUUCCAUCCUACGCCGGUCAAAGUGAAAAGUGAGACUACCAAGUUUGUCCCAAAAGAAAAACUAAUAAUAAAAACAGCACCUACAAAACGCCCCAAAGUGAAACCUACUGUCAAAACAUCUGGUAAAACGCGAACAACUGCACAACCUCCAGCAAGCUCUACGCCUGACUGGGUGGUGGAGCUUUUGAAGAUACUGAGGUCACCCGACAACUCCAAGGCACAUCUACCCACAACUGCCCGCCCAACCACAAAAAAACCUCCAAGGCCAAAGAAAGGUGGAAAGAGCAGUGAGAAGAGAGGCCAGAAGAGGAAAGACAAAACGAGUGGACAGCAUUCAAGACAAAACUCGUCUGAAGUUCGUAAUGGAGCAGUGAGGUUGGCCAACAACCAAAACAAGCAAGACCGUGGCAGGGUCGAGAUCUUCAUCAAUGGAGAAUGGGGUACCGUGUGUGAUGAUUUAUGGAACUCCAGAGCUGCAGCUGUGGUUUGUCGGCAACUGGGAUUUCCAUAUGUUGUGAAAGCCAGCAAACAAGCAGAGUUUGGAGAAGGACAAUCUCUUCCCAUACAUCUAGAUGAUCUUGAAUGUACAGGGAAGGAAAAGACUCUCCUGGACUGUAAACACAAAGGGAUUGGAAAACACAACUGCACUCACAAAGAAGAUGCUGGUGUUAUAUGUAGUCAUAAAGAAAAUUGAUGACUUUCAAAUAGAAUUCUUGUAAUUUUUUGGGCAAUGGUGUUCACCUGUAAUCGCAUGGUCUCACUCUGUUCAUCAACAUGUCUGCAUCAUGGAAAAUGUAGACUAAAAGCAUUCACACUCACUCUUUGGUCUAAGGGACUAUGUUAUUGAGCAGCGAUCUACAUCUAUGGUAAUUAACGAUAUAAACACAGUUGUGUUAUUUUUCUCCAAUUUGGUUUUUAAUUUCUCCAGGUCAAUUUGUAACAUGCAGAUUUUAGUACGUACAUUGAGGCUGUUAUAAUGUUUUAAGCAAUUUAUAAUAACUUUUAAUGCAAUGUAAAUAUCAGUCAAGAAAGGGGUGCAUUUACCUUAAAUUUUUAUUUUCUAUUUCAGUACAUUUCAUUUGGAUAAAAUGCUCACUGUUUUCAGACGAUGGACAAACAAAAAAAUGCCAGACUCCUUUUAUGGCCUGGGUUUUACACUGUGAUUGACAAGUAAACUGAUGGGUUUUAUUUACAAACCAGAACGUGUGUGAAUUGACAAGGGUAUUGAUUGCAAAUUCUAGACCAAAAUAACCUAACUGGAAAAUAGUGGAGUCUGAGCAUAAAGCCUUAAUGUGUUUUGAAAUUAAAUAAUAGAGCUUUUAAUUGGUUUUACGGCACAGCACACCAAAGGCACCACAUUUUUUUGUAAUCUGUAACUUUUUAUAAAAAAUUAAAUAUGAUUAUUAAUA